AUUCCCUCACCUACUAAUCCAAAACCAACCGCAGCCAGCCUCUCACAUUUUCAACGCAGACCCAAAACACCGAGUCGUCGUCGAAACCUUCGUCGAAAUUUCUUGAUAUCUAAAUCUCCCGAAUCAGAUUUAGUUUUGUGAUAGAUUUAGGCGUAGGUUUGGAGUAAUCGGUGUUUCUGUUUGUGAAUUUAUCAAUAAUCGGUGAAGAUUUGUUGAUUUCUUAACGAUCUAACGGCUGGUUGUUUGGUGAAUACUAGUAAUGAGUCGUCCACAGGUCCCGCACCGACCUUUCUUCCAUUUUGGAAAUCCUUUCCGGAUGAUUUCGCCAAAGGGUUCUCAAAUGACUCCGAACCUUUCUGCACUGCUGAACACUUUUGAGGAAACAUUGGCUGGGAGGUUGAGAAAGCUCAACCCAAAAGAUAACAAUGAUGUCCUUAGCUUGUCAUGGAUGAAAUUGGCAAUGGAGUCGCUUUGUGGAACUCAUAAUGACAUAAAAACUCUCAUAGCUGAGAUUGAUCUUCCCGUGAGUGCCUGGGAUGAGAAGUGGAUUGAUGUGUACUUGGACAUCAGUGUAAAGUUGCUCGAUAUAUGCAUUGUAUUCAGCUCUGAGAUCGCACGCUUAAACCAGGGGCAUUUGUUUCUUCAGUUUGUGUUGCAUAAUUUGAAUUCAGCCUCUUCGAAGCAAUUUAUUCGUGCCCGUUCUUCAGUUGAUGACUGGAAGAAUCAUAUUGCUUCGAAGAACCCCAGGGUUGAGAACUGUAGCACCAUUUUGGACAAGCUUGUGGAAUCACUGGAUCUACCAAAGGUUAAGAACUCAGCAAAAGGGAAACUUUUAAUGCGUGCUAUGUAUGGAGUGAAGGUGUUGACAGUAUCUGUUUGUAGUGUCUUUGCCGCAGCCUUUUCUGGUUCUGCAAGCAAGUUGUUAGAUUUGAAUGUUGCCGAGACAUAUAUGUGGGCACAAGCAUUUAAUGACUUACAGAGUAAUGUAAAUGGGGAAAUUAGAAAUGUACUUUCUAGUGGUAGGGUUACGGUACUGAAAGAGCUGGAAGCAGUUGAUGGUAUUGUGAAGCACUUGUAUCCUAUGAUCCAAGAUGGCGUGGCCCUCGCAGAAGAAGAAGCAUUCAAGAAUUCUACUUCAGAUUUAGAAAGGAAGGCACAGAAUCUUUCCCAAGGACUUGAUCUUCUGACCAAGGAAGUGGAUGGGUUUUUCCAAAUCCUUUUGACUGGACGCGAUGCCUUGCUUUCUAAGCUGAGAUCAGGUGGAGCAGUCUCUGACCGGAUGCUGAUGGGAAAUGUAGAAGGGCAGGUUGUGAGGUGAAUUGCAAAGCUAAUCUCUAACCUUUAUAAAGAUGGUUUUAGGUAUGUGGCUUUAAGUUUUCUUGUUUUUGUAAGUACACCAUCUUGUAUGGCUAAGUGUAAUCAGUAUGUUGUGAGGUAUAAGUUAUGUUGUAUUACUAUGUUAGUGGUUUGUAGAAGUAUGUUGCACUAUGUGCUGACGUUUAUAUAUGAAAUAUGGUUUGGAUUGAAA